AUGGUCGAGCACGAGCCAGAGCCCAAACGCUUUUCCCCCAGAGUCCCCGUCCAGCUCGACUCCCCGAAAGAUGAUCCUAUAACCGUCGAAGAACUGUCCAAGUGCGAUGGAACUGAUCCCAACCGUCCCACCCUGGUUGCGAUCAAAGGAGUGGUCUUCGAUGUGAGUCGGAACGAGGCUUACAGCCCUAGCGGACAGUAUCAUGUCUUUGCCGGAAAGGAUCCCUCUCGCGCCCUGGCCUCCUCAUCGCUCAAGCCCGAAGAUUGCAAACCCGAUUGGUAUGAUCUUGAGGACAAGGAAAAAACAGUCCUGAGUGAAUGGUUCACUUUCUUCAGCAAGCGGUACAAUAUUGUUGGAAAAGUGCAGGAUGCUACGAACUAUUGA